AUGGAAGUAGAUGGAGAUGACAAGAGAGACCCCCCCGUGGGCUCUCCAACCAAUUCUCAGAAAACUGUUUCUGAUGACGAUGAAAUAGACUACUCCGUCAAACCCGAGUUCUAUGAUUCAGAUAUUGAUGACAAAGAUGAGUUGUGGGCUCAAACGAAAAGGAAAGGUCGUACUUCUGAUGCUGUGCUUAGUUGUCCAUCUUGUUUCACCACACUAUGCCUGGAGUGUCAAAGGCAUGAAAAGUAUGUGACCCAAUACAGAGCAGUGUUUGUUGUUAACUGCAAGACUGGAAGUGAUCAAGUGUUCCAUCAAAAAGAAGGAAGACCUAGAAAGGGCAAACUAGGGAGAGAAUCUUCUGAGAGCAAAGCAAUUCCUGCAGGUAACCAAACCUUCAAGCAAGUCUGCUGCUUACUUUGCUCAACAGAGGUAGGUGUAAUUGAUGAAGAAGAAGUCUAUCAUUUCUUCAAUGUUCUUCCCAGCGAGUCUUGA